AGAAGAGGAGGAGGAGGAGGAAGGUGGAGGAAGAAGAAGAAGAAGGAGAAGAGGAGAGUUGUAACGAUGGCAGCAGCGACCUCAGACUUGCGGGUGGAUCUGCUGCCGUCGGACCCGCUGCUGCACGUCUUGUCCUUCCUGAGCUUCAGGGACCUGGUCCACUGCAGUUAUGUCAGCAGGAGGUUGAACGAACUGUCCAAACACAACCCGCUGUGGAAAUCCCUCUGCUCCAAACACUGGCUGCUCACAGAUGCGGACCGGCUGCAGAGUGGCGUGUCCUGGUUCUGCCUCUUCACGCAGACCUACAGAGACCUGGGACGUUACGUCCAGUUCUACCCGACGCUGAAGCGCUCGUGGGAGCAGCUGAAGAGUUUCCUGCAGCUGAGGUGUCCGCGCAUGAUCGCGUCACUCAAAGAGGGCGCCACGGAAGUGGAGCUUAACGACAUUGAGGCUCAGAUUGGCUGCCGGCUUCCGGACGACUACCGCUGCUCGUACCGGAUCCACAACGGACAGAAGCUGGUGAUACCGGGGCUGAUGGGAAGCAUGUCCCUGUCUAACCACUACCGCUCCGAGGUGCUGCUGGACGUGGAGACGGCGGCCGGCGGCUUCCAGCAGAGGAAGGGGAUGCGGCGCUGCCUCCCGCUCACCUUCUGCUUCCACACCGGACUGAGUCAGUACAUGGCCCUGGAGCCGGCGGAGGGACGCCGCAUGUUCGAGAGCUUCUACCCCUGCCCCGACCAGACGGCUCAGGAUCCUUCAGCCAUCGACAUGUUCAUCACAGGUUCCUGUUUCUUGGAGUGGUUCACUGGCUACGUCCACAACGUGGUCACAGGAGAAUAUCCAAUCAUCAGAGACCAGAUCUUCAGGUAUGUGCAUGAUAAAGGUUGCGUGGCGACCACCGGUGACAUCACCGUCUCUGUUUCUACCUCCUUCCUGCCGGAACUUUCCUCCGUCCACCCACCGCACUUCUUUUUCACCUACCGCAUCAGGAUCGAGAUGUCGAGCGUUGCGUCGCCCGAAGCCGCCUGUCAGCUAGACAGCCGCUACUGGAAAAUCACCACCUCCGACGGCAACGUGGAGGAAGUUCAGGGGCCCGGCGUGGUCGGAGAGUUUCCGGUCAUGACCCCAGGAAAGGUACAUGAGUACGCCAGCUGCACCACCUUCUCCACGCCGUCAGAGUACAUGGAAGGUCACUACACCUUCCACCGCCUCGCCAAUAAGGAAGAAGUUUUCCAUGUGACCAUCCCUCGCUUCCACAUGGUCUGCCCCCCCUUCAGAGAGCCUGUGGUCCGGACGCACAAGCCGUCGGCCAGCUUCACGCCUCGCCGCGACGACCACGACGACGAGUUCUGUGACGGAGACGGUGACGACUUCGGCGACCUGAGAGGAAUCAACAUGGCGGCGCUGGAGGGGGCAUGGUGCCCCCGUCACAUCUGACCUCCGACCUCUCAGCACAGUGUUGAUGGACUGCCAGUUGUUCAGGCCUGAGUGGUGAUUGGUUGACAGGCAGCAGGGGAUUCUGGGACAGGAAGCACCAAGCAGAGCCAUAUACGGUACCGAGCCCCUUCAACUUCCUGCUGCCGGUCCGGCGCUGAGGUGCAGUUUCCUUCUUUUGUUUCAUCUUUUCUCAUUAUGAUCAGAAACUGAUGGACGAGCUCCGACAGGGAGGACGAGGCGGUGACGUCGCCACGCUCACCUUUGCUAGGAGGAAGCUGCCCACUUCCUAUUAAGAGGAAGAAGAGGGGGGUUUGUGUCGGGUGACGAACCAAUCAGGAGCUGGAUCAUUAUGUGACUUUGAGUUUGUCGGGUUUCCUCCGUAGAAUGAUAUGGGUUGUUUAUUUUUUAAAUCUUUCCACUGCAGGAACCAAUCGAUUGAUUAUUGAUCGAUCAGUUUGUCUCGCUCUAAUUUAACCAUGAUGAUAGUUUGAUCGGAGCUACUUCCAGCACAAUGAGGCUCCGCCCACACAGCCAUUUUAAAACUCAUCUCCGUUGCUAUGGUUACGCCUGGUGUCAUUGUUUUCCAGCCUCUGAAUCAGAGACUGAUUGGUUGUCAUCAGUCACGACUCAAAGUCACUAACACUUCCUGUCAGUAACAGUUCCACCUCGUCGUCCCCGCUGUUCCUCCUUCAGAGGAGUGUCUGUUACUAAGCAACCAGCUGCAGAGGAGACAAUCUACUUCCUGUUUACACCUGAGUGGUCAUGUUACACGUGUGUUAGUGUGGACGGAGAUUAUGACUGAUAUGGAGACCAAAUCCUUGUGUGGGCGGAGCCUCAGAACAAGUUACAUAAACACUAAAGACAUUUCACACUCAAUCACAGAUAGGAUUAAUAAAAUAAAAGUCUAAGAGGAGUCUGGGAAAUAUUUCUCCAGCUCAGAUUUUAUUUUGAAAACAUGACUCAUUUAAUUUUCCUUUCUCAUAGAGUUGAUAUUCUGAUCCCGACGUUCCAGGUUUAUAAAACACUGGAGCAGCUUCUUCUCACUUUCCUUCGUGUGACAUGCUCAUAUUUUGUUAUUACGUUAUGUUGACUUCCUGCAGUGGAAAACAGACCAGUGUUACGUUUCUUUGUUUCCUUGUCAGAAAUCAUAAGGAACAAAUAGGGCUUUUAUUUUGGAGGAGGCUGCAUCAUGUUUGAAAGUGUUUCCCUCAUGAUGCGUCGGCGUCGCUCUGCUGUGAUUGGUGGGUUUGUUUUUGUAUGUUUUUGUCUAAAUAAAUAAAGAAACACUAAUGACAUCA